UCGCUGCUACACUCCAUGGGUACUAAGCCUUGCUUCUGUUGGGUUGAGGCACCCUUAGGCUCAUCACAAAGGGAGGCCGGCCAUGCACGAACACUACUCAUGGUGAACUUCCUUCCUCAAUGCCUUCUCCCAUGAGAAGAGUCUAGCCUAACCAAGUGCAUGAAUGAAUGCCAUUUUAAAUUUGGAACAGAUCCAUGAAUCAACCUUGCUCUAUGAUUCAACUUGUCUUCUUUUUUACCACAAAAGGACCUUGACUGGAAACAUUGCUAAAGAUGGACGGUGUACACGUGGACAACAACGGCAGUCCCAACAAUGCAGUGAAUAAUGUGGACUCAAACGACAACUCAUGUGAUGGUAGCACACAAACACCGACUAAAGAACACACCGUACGAGCAGGCGGGGACGCAUACAACCCUGAUGAAACCACUGGUCUUGUGAGAGAGAAUGCCGAGGAUGGAAAGACAAAGGAGGCAAAUGAAGAUGUGGAAAGAUGUUGCGAGGAUGAGGAGGGCGAUCAGAAAGACGGUGAGGACGAGGUGAUAAGAGAAGGAUGGGGGAACAAGAUGGACUUCAUCAUGGCGUGUAUUGGUUACGCCGUGGGGUUAGGAAACGUCUGGAGAUUCCCGUACCUAUGCUACAAGAAUGGAGGAGGUGCAUUUUUAGUUCCGUACUUCAUCUCGCUGGUAGCCUGCGGGGUACCGAUGUUCUUUAUGGAGGUUUCCUUGGGUCAGCUUAUGCAGACUGGCGGCAUCGGUGUUUGGGACAUCUUUCCCGCCCUCAAAGGUGUGGGCCUUGCAGCUGCCAACAUAGCCGCCAUGUUAAACAUUUAUUAUAUCAUCAUCUGCGCCUGGUCUAUAUUCUAUUUCUUCGCCUCCUUCAGCAACCCAUUGCCAUGGCACGACUGCCAGAACUACUGGAAUGACAUCCAUUGUCUCGACAGGGAACUUCAGAGUAACCUGACAACAGACGUGAGAAACAAUUCCUUCUUGACAAUAAAUGGAACCCUACUGGCGAAGAAUCUAUCAGAAUCACCAGCACAGCAAUACUGGGAGUAA